CUCCCCUCGUCAGAAAACUGCUCAACAUUCUUCAGCAUUUCGAGUGGUAACCCUGUGCUGAAAAGGUGAAGUCAAGUCUCUGAGCAGAUGGCCUUGACUUUGGCAGACCGAGCCAUUGGGGCCAUUAUCGGGGCAGCAGUGGCAGAUGCAGCAGCCCAGCCCAUGCACUGGAUCUACAGUCAAGACAGGCUCAAAGAAGUUCUCUCCGAUCUGGAGCCCUGUCCUGAGUUUCGUCCUCAGUCAGCGAAUCCUUUCUACCGCAGGACAACAGGCGAGCAGACCUGCUAUGGAGACCAGGCGUACAUCCUGCUGGAGUCACUGAGCCAGUGUGGAGAUGUUAACGUGGACGACUUGACCAAGCGCAUCUACAAGUUCUUUGGCCCAGGGACCGUGUACGACCUGCCCCUUAAUGAUCCUUACAGGAAGAAAGGAGGUCCCAAAGCCAUCCUCCCCAUAGAUGGCCCCUGGAGAAAUGGGAGCCUGAAAGCUUUCUUCAGAAAUGUGGAUGCAGGCAAAGAAGAAACUGGCUCUGAUGUGGAUUGUCAGAUGGACGGCGUAACUAAACUGGCUCCGGUGGUGGCCAUGUACGCUGGCCGACCUGAGAUGCUGGAGAAAGUGGAGAAAGCCAUGCGGGUGACUCAGAAUAAUGACAUGUGUGUGGCUGUGACUCUGGCUGCAGCGAGGUUUUUGGAGCACUUCAUUCUGAAUGGUCCGGACUCCAACGCCCUGGAUGCAGUUCUGGCUCAGAUGAAUGACCCAAAGAGACAGAACCCCCAGGAGCUGGACCGGGCUGUCAUUGCACAUAUCCGCCAGGUGAAGGACAACCUCGCCAAGACGUCCCAACAGCUCAUACCUGCUGUGUUCACAAACACAUGAGCUUUGCCUGGUGCGUUCCAGGGAGCGCUUCACGGAGUCCUGACGCUGAAACAGCUGGAUGAAGCAGUCAGGGACACCAUGCGCUGCGGGGGAUGCACCGCCAGCCGAGCCUCCUUCAUAGGAGCCUGUUUUGGGGCGCAGACCGGUCUCCAGGGAAUCCCCGAGUCUUGGAGGAAGAGGACCCUCAGAUACCCUCUGCUGCUGGAGCUGGCUGAAAACGUGGUCAAAAAAAGUCAGCAAUCAUAGUUCAGCUCUGAUUUUGCCCUAAAUACAGUUGUUUUAUCACCUAUCAAGUAUUUAUGGAGUGCGGAUAAUCGAAGCUACUUUAGAAGACUUUCUCAGCUUGCAGAUGCACUUUGACACGACGAUCCAUGACAGUCGCAUUUGAAAGUCUUGUACUGAAUGAAACUCGAAUCCAUUUGCUCUGUCAAAGCUGCAUCAUGUAAGACAGUGAAAGUCUGUGUGAGGGAUUUAUGUUGAGUUGAGGACAUGAGAUACAUUUAUCCUUGUAAGAAACAGUCUGAAAUAAAGAGCCUUUAUGUCAUUAA